GCAUAUAUCAUCAUCUACAUUUAGAAAUGUCAGCGAAGGCUAAGAUCUGAUAACCAGCUAUUAUAGGAGAUGCCUGUGAGGAGGUUUCAUAAGUCUCAUGGUCAAAAUAUUCGCCUUCUUCAAAAUAACACAAUAGCAUUAAGAGAAGUAAGUUUCGCUCACGCCUUGGUGUUUAGUGAAAAACCUUUACAGCCUGGAGAAAUUUUCCUUGUUGAGAUAGAGAAGACGGAGAGAGGAUGGAGUGGUCAUAUGAGGAUUGGACUUACUGAGGUAGAUCCUGCAAAACAACAAAAUGGCUUGCCUCAAUAUGCAUUGCCUGACCUCGCCCAACUUGGAAGAUGUUGGGUUUCAGCUGUAACAAAGUCAAGAAAUAGACUUCAGUACCACAGCCCUGAACGGGCGGUGUCAACACUUCAAACACCAUACACUUCUGUUCUCGGAAACAGCGAGGUUAUUAGCACAUCAUGUGGUAGAGUAAGACGCUCUAUGCUACAGCCGUCCUAUUCAUUAUUUAGGUCUACAUUUGUUAAUGGUUCAAAUGGUCAGGCUUCGUUUGAAGGGGAAGAACCGUCAUUAAAAGCUGCAAAAAAACUGAUACUUGCAACAGAUGUUGGUUCCAGAAUUGGAGUUAUGUACUGCCCUGAUGAGACUGGGUUUUUUGCUCGCAUGCAUUUUAUUAUCAAUGGUGAAGAUCAGGGUCCAAGUGAUGAACACAUACCUUUAAAUGGGGAUUCAGCUCCGUUAUAUGCUGUGGUUGAUGUUUAUGGGACUACUAAACAGAUUCGCCUGAUUGAACUUUAUAAAGUGAGUUCCUUACAAAAUGCUUGUCGUGAUCUGAUUCUACAGACAACGUCUAAACAUCAACUUUCAGCACUGCCAUUACCACAGAAAGUCAUUCAUUUUCUUUGUGAAGGGGAUAACUCCUAGCCCCCACCCAGGAAUUUUUGUUUACUGUGUCUUUUACAUAUCUUGAUUGACCAGGUUUUUCUUUUAAUGAGUCUGAUGCAUUUUAAUAAUUAGAAUGACACUAAUUGUGAUUUGCUUACUAAGUGGUAAGUGUUCCCUGAUCCCUCCUGCAUUACCCAUUUGUAAUGGUCACUGUUGUUUUAAAGAUUUUAAUUACUCUCAUAUUUCCAAGAUUUCCUUCUUGGAAACCAGCACAAGCAUCAGUGUGUCAUUAUUCCAUCAUCUCAGUAUUUAAGGUUAAUUUUUAAAUAUUUGAAAAUGAGUUUUUAAGUGUAUAAUGAUACAAAAGAUAUUAUUGAUUAUUCUGUUAUUUUUCAUCUUUUUGAAUAUAAGAGCAUUAUGUCCAAAUUUAAUUCAAGAUACUGUAAAAAUUCGUUCCCCUCCCCAAGUAUUAUUAAUGAAAUAAUUUACAAAGCUAAAAUUUAUUUUAGUGUUUGUUAGUCCUAGUUUCUGGUUUUGAUGCAGUUACAAUUGUGGCCUGAACUUGCUUUAUGUCUGCAGAUAAACUUGAGUUAUAUCCUAUCUUUAACUUUUUUGCAAAAAAUAAUUAAUUUAAAAUAGAUAACCUACAUUUAUUAACACUCCUAUUGUUAGUAUGAAGGUUUAAUUACAUUAGCUCAAGUCAAAGGUUAUUUGGUUGGUUUUUAUUUUUGUUAUUGUAAUGUCAAUGUUAGCAUUAUUAAAUUCUACAAAUAAAUUUUCUGUAGUGCUCAUUUAACAUCAGGAUAGAAUGAUACCGCUCAAACAUCUGCUGUUUAUAAUACAAAAAUUUGCUGUUAUAGGAGUUUUGUCUUUUUUAUUUAGCCAUUUUAAAAACUACAUUUUUGUAUAUAAACAUAAAUUAUAAUUUUAAAGCAUGCUUAGUUAUAACAUUGGUUGUGUCAUAAUGCAUAGUUAUUGUAAAUAUUUGCAAUGUUAUGAUUAUUGAAGUAUGUUGAAUUUCCCCAUAGGAAUCUUGUGUAUUUAUUCACAAAUGUGAAUUAUAAUUAUAUUAAUUAUAACAGCAUUUUGAUGUAUUUAAAUUGAAGUAAGUGUAAACAAUUUGAUAUUUUUAGUAAAUCAUUUAGAUUUUUAAAUUUGAAUAAUUGACAAGAGUUAACAGUCAGUCUUCCACCAAUAUAAUUUGAUACAUUUUACAAAAGGUUAGAUAUAUUUUAAGUAUUAGAUUUGAAGGCUCAUGAAUGUCUUAUAUACUUAACAGUGACAUUUUUAAACCUAUCAACACCUAGAGUUGUAAAUUUAUGGUGUCCAUCAUUAUCAUUAUGACACACACAAUUGAUAUUAUCAUCAUUACUGAACAUUUAAAUUUUCCUAGUGCCAAAACAGAUCUGAUUAUAAAACAGUUUCACUUUUUAUUCAUCUUCUACAUUAAAAUCACAUAGCUUUUACCUUAAUGAAUUUUUCACAUAAAUAUUGGUGUUUUCAAGGAAUAAUAUAAUGUAGUAUUUUUAAAAAAUAACAUAUUUAUAGUUUCUUUGUGACUUAAGUUGCUUAGUUAAGCUUUUGAAUACUUAUUUCAUUACUUAGUCCUUAACGUUUUUUUUAUAUCAUAUAAUUGCUGUUUUCUUGUGUAGCUAUGAAGUAUCUUGAGUAUCAGAUUGGGUGAUAAUUGAAAAUUUGAAAUAUAAUCUAAAUGUGAAUAUAGCACACAUGGUGGUUACAGGGUACUUGAAGUUAUUAUUAAACAAGUAUACACAAAGGCCAACUUAGAAAUAAAGAAACAAAAAUAUUUAAUGCUUAACACCUGAAAUGUGUGAUUAUUUUUUUCGCUUGAGCCACAUCUUUUAUACCAUUUUAACAUAUGUUGAAAAGUUAUUUUAAACUUGGUAAAUCCUAGUCACAUGAUCAAGUUUCAUUAGUAAAAAGAUUUAAAGAUGCAAUUUUAUCAUUACUUUUGGGUAUAUUUUUUCUUCUCUAGAAUUUAAGAAAGAAUUAUCCAACAAAUAUGCAUUGUACGACUAAUGAACUAUAAAUUUCAAAUUAUAAGAAAAAAAUACUGGUAUAUAAAAUUAUUUUGGCAGUUUCAUAAAAGUGAUAUAGUUUUGGAGAGGAAAAUGUGUUUGUAUAAAAACAAGUAUAUGACUGUUAAGUUGGAUAAACUUUUUGCAUAAUAUUUUUUGAUGAAACAUGUUUUAGUGCAAUGUGAAAAGCAUUGGUUAAUUUGAAAGAAAUAAUCAUACAGAUUUAAUCUCUAACUUUUCAAAUUUUUUCUCUCCAAAAUUUAUGUCUUUCAUUAGCUAACAGAAAAUGAGUUGCAAUCUAUGAAAAGAAAGCUAUAAUGUUUUAACAAAUGUAUAAAAGCUGAAUAUUCUUUAAUAAGCAUUUGAUUACCGAGCUUGUUGGUAAGAAUAAACAAGCUGUCCAUUGUUACUUCCUUUGAUAUAAUUAUCAAUUUACAUGAUUUUGGGUGUUAAUGAAUGAAUAUUUUCUUAUUUUAAAAAGUUGUAAAAAUGUUGGCAAAGAGUUAAAAACUAGUGACUAAAAAUUUAAGCAAUGACAGUACUCUGAUAUUGAUGUUAAAAAACUUUGAGGUGAACUGAAUUUUUGAAAAGAUUUAAUCUAAUGAAUGUGAUUCUUUUACCAUAUUUUUUUCACAUGACUGCAAGGUGUCGCUAGAAUUUAAUAAAGAAGAAUAUACUCUGAACAAAAUGAUGGGCAAAAUAUUGCAUACAAAAAGCCACAGUAUUGACACAUUUGAUACACUUAUGGAGUGGAUCUGCCACUACUUCAGCACUUCCCUAGCCUGCCAUUGUAGACUUGCAGGCAGGGAAUUGACAUCAGUCUCUGUGCUGAUUCACACUACAAGACUCGGAUUUUCCCACACACUUUGGUGUCCCAUUUUGUUAAAAAUGUGGUACUUAACCAAGGUGCAUGUAAUUAAGUAAGAAUAAUUCUUAAACAGUUUCAAAGUGAUAACAUUGUUACUUUGAAACACUGUUUAAGGUUUGGUUAUUGCCUGAAUGUGAUCAGUCUCAUUUUGUUAAACUUAUAACUUAUAGUAUGAUUUAUAGUAUGAUUUUAACACUUUAUUGUGUGGCCAGUAUGUUCAAGCUUUCAAUGUGUAACAGUUUGUAUGGUUAUAUAUAUUCUCCUAUAUUGUUAUAGCAAUUCUACCUUUUGAAGCUACAUCUCUACGUCUGAAUUUAUUAGUCAGUCAGUGAUUUUUCAUGUCAUAGCAAUUAGUGAAUAGUGAGACAGGAUUUCCUAAAUUUGGUUUUUAUUUAAUAGUAUUUUCUUAUGCUAAAAUGCAAAUGAUAAAAAUGUUUCCCAUGUCAAAAUGUUAUCUUUUGCCUUUAUUCUGGUUAACAUUUUAAAAUAUUUUCUGCUACUUUUUGCAGAAAAUAAAUGGUUAUGGUAAUACUGAUGUAUUAAAAUUUUAGAAAAGAUAAAGUUAAACCAUUUUUUAAAUAUUUAAAUUAAAAAUAGUUUCUUGGUAAUAAAUGAGAAUGGUAGGCCUGCAGUUUUUAUUUUAUUUUGUUAUUCCAAGGCUGGUUCUAUUAUUUUUUAAAAAAUAUUUAAUAACUGAUAUCUAGGCAUGCAAUCUGAUUAAACAAGUUUCUCUAUCCUUAGCUCAACUUCAAUGAUUUGUAUUAUAGAUCUAGUAAUAGGGCAUUUACAAAGAGGGUAUAUAGGAAUCACAGGACUAGGCCAAUAUUUAUUCAAAUAUUUCUUUGAUAAUCACAUUAAAAGUAGUAUUAUGAGCAAUGUUGAUUUCCUGAUUUCUAAUCAUUUGAAAUCUUCCAUCUCUGCUUUUUAAAUUGCUAACCUUAACCCUAACAGUUAUCUGGUUUAACUAGGCCAUAUCCUACUAAAAUAUUAUCAAAUUGUGAUAUGUAUAUGUACAUACAGUUAGUACAACAUUGUGUACACAGUUGUGCAACAUAACCAGUAUUGACAGAUAAGUGUGUGUGUGAGAGAGAGAGGCAUGGUUCACUUUAUUAUGUAUUGUAUGUGUUAGCAUUAAAAUUAUGUCUAGAAUCUCGUGUUUUA